GAUGUUUUUUCUGUUCCACCGGAAGCGGCAGAAGCCAGCGAGAGUGUACUCGCGGGAAAAAUGGCGGAGAAUUGUGGUCUCUUCAUGUUAUCAGCAUCGGCGACUCAAAACAUGUCAUUUUAAGCCUCAUCCGAUGUUGAUCUGCACGCGUGUGUCACAGCUCAUAUGUGUUUAGAGAGGAAUACAAGAUGCAAGAAGAUUCAAUAAACCUUUCCACAUCUGGCCACAUGACGCACAAUGACGUUGCCACCCAAGAAUCCCCAAACAAGUCUUUCCAGUGUAGUCGUUGUACGCUCUUCUUCAAGUCCAAAGUUUACCUUUUUGAACACCUCAACAAGGUGCAUGGCCUCGAUGUGGAUGCUGCUCUCAGAGAGGCUGGUUUAAAAUGCUCCGGGACUAACAAAGCCAACGCUGACAACAACAACAGUCCAGGAGAUGAUUUUGAAUGCCAGCACUGUGAUUUUAAAGCGCGUAGUCGGGACCUUUUAAACGAACAUGGGAACAAAUGUCACGAAAAAACAGGAGAUCAGAACAUGAUAGGAAAUCUAAUCAUUUCUGAAAACCCGGAGACCAAAAUAGCUGUCGGUUCAACAAACCAGCACAGUGACGCUGCUGAAGCAGAAGAGAUUCCCUCCGUGUUUUCAGUUAUGUCUACCUCAAAAUCUAAAUGCACACUGAACUCAUCAAAGGAUCUGAAGACAUACAAGAGGCCAUUGCAAACCAUUACCAAGUACUUCGAGGCAUCAUCUGGAUCAAACGGGAAACCCCCAGUGAAGUUAGCUGAUAGCCCAAAGCCUCUAGACGACACCAAACGAACCAUCAUUUUGCAAGAAUCUCCCUCGUGCUCCAACCCAAACAGUAGUGGUGUGUUUAAAGUCACUGCAAAGUCCAGGAUUGAUAUCUCUCGUGUUUCUCACCGUUAUUUGUUAAAUGACCACCUUUUAAAUACUGACCUGAGACCACCAAAGCCCAAGGAGAAAUCCAGAGAAACAGUUCCUGACAACGUUGGCAAGAGGACCAACAAUGAGAGCUCAAAAUGUCCUCCUGCUAAAAAGGCAAAGCCAGACAAAGAAGAGACAAAGCUCCCCGAGAACGCAAACGCAACUGAACAACAAACAUCAAGAGACGCAGAGUUUUCGUUUGACGUUAGUGAAGACGAAGGAGAAAAGAAGCCUCAUCUUAUCAAUGGAGACGCAGAAAGCUCAAAGGCUUAUUUUUGUAGGCACUGUGACUACAGUGAUGUGGACAUCGCUUGUGUGUCUACCCAUUAUCAAAGCAACCACCCUUACGUAAGAUAUAACGCUGCUUACAUUAAGGAUCCAAGUGAUGAGAGUGCUACCUUUCGUUGCCUGCAGUGUCCAGUGGAGUUUAUAAGUGUAGCUUACCUCAAGAGACACUACACUGAAAAUCAUCCAGAGGGCCCAAAUGUAUUCACGAUGCAGUCACGUGAACUGAGUUUGGUUUUCAAAUGUUUCGCGUGUCGGUUUACCACCGGCGUAUUGAAGGCUUUGAAAGACCAUUACAAGGACAAUCACGCAACAUACGAAGUGGAUAAUUCCUUGAUGUACUGCAGAUAUUUGGAUGGACGCCAAGAGGGAUCGUCUCGGUCGAAUUCAUGUGAAAGAGCACCAAGUCCAGAAAGACAAGGAGGGGUUUCUCCUGAGCGUGCCUGUACACCGUGUAAGGAAGUGAAAAAUGCACCCUCGCCCCAACAUCCCACCUCCACGGGAGCAGACGUGGUCUUGUAUCGUUGCAACUACUGCGAGUUUAGUCACAAGUCAGCUGUCGUUAUGCAUGUCCACUACCAAAAAAGCCACCCGGGGGAAAAAGUCACAAUAGACAAAAUCAAACAGUCAGCUCGUGCCACGUCACAUUCAUCACACGUGACGCCAGAUAAGUCUCCAAACUCUGUGACGGUAAUAGAAAAAUCUGCACAUCAAACCUCAGAUUCUUCUAAGAAAACAAAAGAAAAAGCUGAGCCGUCGCAGCGUAAGCGUAAGCGUGCACCAGAAGCUUCAAAGGCUCCUUCAGAAUCUCACAAAACUAAGAAAGUAGAAUCUGUGGAAGAAAGAAGUAAACGCAAGAAGGUGCCUACCAAACACUAUAAAGAAAUGUCCACUGGAAUGGACAGUUUAUCCAGCAGUUCACCAAGUAAAUUGUUUUACUGCCAGUUUUGCAGUUAUUCAAGUACCAACAUCAAAAGCGUUGUUGGUCAUCAUAACGCAAAACAUGCUGAGGAUGCACUAACAUGUAUCGAUGAUAUCUUAUGUUAUAGUGCCGAGGUGCAGCAAAAGAAACUUCAAAGUGAAGAAGUUCAGCAGGGAGAGGAUGACGCAGCAGAAUUUCCGGUGAGAAAAUCAAAUCCAUAUGCGCAUGCAGAAGACUUGUUUUUCUGCCAAAAGUGCAACUAUGGGAAUCCAUCUUUAAAAGGAAUAGCAAACCAUCAAACCAGAAUUCACAAACACCUUCGUUACAGCAGGGAACGUAUUAUUGACCAUACAGCUUUGAUUCGUGAUGAAAUUGAAAGAUCAAAAUCUCAAGCAAGGGAGUUCUCCUUUUCUACGCGUCUACCUCUUCCUCUUAUGAAUGAGGGCGAUGAAGAUAUGUUUUUCUGCCACUUUUGCAACUAUAGGCAGAGUACUCGGGACCAAGUAGUGCGACAUUACAUCAAAAAACAUCGUGGAUUUGUGGUUAAGGGCGAUAAGGGCGAACGAGUCAGUCUGUAUACCUCUAUGGUUCGUGAAAAGACGAAGAAAUCGCACAUAAAAACAACUGCAAACCAAGAAGUCGAUCAUGCAUCCCUAGAGAAGAAAGGAAAUAAAAAGAAAAAAACAAUGAAGCAUGGCAAAUCCCUCCCAGCUUCAGCACCACCCUCAAUGACAGCCUCUCAAACUCAGAGGAUCCUUCGGUGCUAUAGAUGCCCAUACCGCACUCAAUAUCUGAAUGUUCUGAGGAGGCAUAUGUGGAAAAUCCACAGGACAAAUCGCUCCAUCACAGAUAUUUUAAGAACGUGUUUCCAACAAGGAGAUUUAAAGACAGGCCAUCACUGUUACUUGUGUGUUUUCUCUCACCAAGAAGCAGCAGCAGUCUAUGAACACUACAAGGAACAACACCCAGGAAAUAUACCGAGCUUUGAGUAUGUGACUUCUCGGUUGUUUGUCAGCCCCGAGACACGUGCUGCUAAAAGGAAGAAACCUCAAAAAAAGCACACCGAUGGUAUUAGUGAUGGCGAGGAUGACAGCUUACCAUCUGAAAGAUCAGGACAAAAUGAAACCAAGUCGUAUUCGUGCAGAGCGUGUUCAUUUAAAGGUCGCUCAAUGUCAGUCAUCGCACGUCACUACCGCGCUGUUCACCCGUGGUCCGUGAAAGAAGAUGGCUCAGUCCUGGGCGUCGUCAACAGCAAGAGAUCAAGUGCAAACAGGCAGGUACAGGAAGACCACAGUGACAUGCCUGGGUCAUUCGAAUCCUACCAAGUGCCCCUUGAAUUUGACAAGUCGCCCGAAGAAACUGAAUCUUCCACAGAACUCAGGUGUCCUUACUGCCCUGCGACGUUUCACACCCAGCACGGUCUCAACACUCACUGUGGGAUGAAACACCACAAAGCUGGAAGUGAAAAUUCAGAUGAACCGGAACAAGAGCAAACCCAAAAACGCAUGCAUGUCUUCAAGUGUCCACAUUGUACCUACGUGAAUACCAAUUAUCAAGGAGUUCUCACCCACUGCCAGUUCAAGCACCCUCGCAACUCAGCCAGGGCGUACAGUCUUCACGUGGAUGAAGCCCAUUUGCCCUACUGGGGCGACUGUUUGAGAACAAAAGGUCCCGGUAAUUCUGGCGAUUUAAAACUUAGUGGCUACAUGUGUGAAACCUGCCCAAAAGUAUGUGCAACGCUGAAGAAACUGAACAGGCACUGCAAGAAGGACCAUACUGAGACGGUGGCAAACACAGCGCCUAAACCGGCACCUAAACCAGUGCCUAAACCAUCUGUUGUGAGUAAAGUCAAUCAAUUUAAGACUCUAAGCAAUCGGGGAACAUCAUCACAUGCUUCCUUUUUAAGUAAGAAAGUGUAUGCAGUGGUGAAGUGCCAGUACUGCACUUAUAGUUGUAGCACAAAAAUUGCGCUCAGCAGACACGUGCUUGUCCACCACAAGAAGGACCCCGUUUCAAAGGUUCAGGAUUGUGAAUACCAUUGCGUCCUGUGUUCCAAAUCCUAUUCCACGAAGAGACGUCUCGGAAGCCAUUAUGUUAAGAAACACGGAAGGGACAGCUUCAUAAAAUACUAUGCACCAGUAUACAAGCAGGCCCCCGAGAAGCCAACGCCAACAUCUCCAGACCGCCCUUUAACUCCACAACCAGAAAACACUCAUGAAGCCUGUACAUCUGGCACGACGGCGACAGAGGAAUACCAAACAGUAUUAAUCUACAGGUGUCCAACUUGUCCCUAUGUGAAUGCAAGCUACCAUGGCACUCUCACUCACUGCCAAAUGAAGCAUCCGGACAUCAUAGCCAGGGCGGAUGAACUUCAAACAGAGGAAAUAUUUGGAAGCAACAUGAUCGGGUGUUCGUUUGGAAAAGCUUCUAAUGAAAGAGGGUACAUGUGUAAAAUAUGUCCACUGAUUUUUGCGUCAUUGAAGAAACUGAGAAUCCACUGUGAGAGGGUGCACGGUCCGGCUGGACCAACUGAACAGGCAGCUGAACCUAAAAAACAAUCGGAUCACGACUCUCUGGGCUCAGCAUUGAAGGCUUUAAAAGGCAAAGCAUCAGCAGUGAGCGCCACAGAAACCAGCUUCCAUCACCAGUCGGUCGCUCCUGAGACGUGUCAAUCAAACUCACUGUCAGCACAGAACGAGGAAAGGCUGUACAAGUGCCACAUUUGUACCUAUACAGGAUUCUUUCGAAGAUACUUGCAAGUUCACUACAAAAACACUCACAAAUUGGAUCCACUGACCACAAACAAGCUGCUACUGCAGUACAACAAACGCAAAAGGGACAUCACACUGCCUGAAGCUGAAUCUGAGGAGAGUGCCCCCAUGAAAUGUAAGAAGUGUCCGGAGGAGAUGUUCGACUCACCUGAGCUGCUUGUUGCCCACUACAGUACUUUUCAUAGCUCAGAUGGCAUAUUGGACUUCACUGUGAUAUCACAAGGAAUAAGGAAGGGGAGUACAGGUCUUUACAGGUGCAUCCACUGCCUCAAACAAAUGAAUGGGGUUAGAAAGCUGUGGUAUCACCUGGAUUGCCACAGAGAGAGUGCGAGAAAGAAAGCAGUGGCUACGGAGAUGACGGCAUCACCAGUGGCCAAAUCCAUCCAAUUCUGUAGGCAAGAUGAACUUCUCAUGUUAGACACCGUGGAGGACCUGGCCCAGUGGAACGUGACGCCAGCGGAGACCUUCACUUUCCCACCAAGUCCUCUGUCGUCACCGUCGAAACCCGCUGACGUGGAGCAACCGCAGCUGGAAUCAGGAGAAGACAAAAACACUUGCAAACAGUGUCGGAGGACGUUCAUGUCGCUGAAAGGUUUGCGUUCGCAUGAGCGCAGCCAUGCAGCCACAGCGGCCCUCAAGAAGAUGAACAAUCUGCCUACCUCAGUGUUAAAACACAACAUCAACAAAUACGUUGUGUUCAAACCUGGGACUCUCAGGCCUUUCCUGUGUAGCAUCUGUUCCUAUCGGACGACCGUCAUGGGCCUCUGGAGGAGUCAUUUUAUGAAAACACAUCAAGAUGUCAUUGUGGAUCCUGCUGAGACUGACGACCAAGACGAAGAGAGCGAUCAGAGGGCCGACGGGGAGCCCUUUAACUUAUCGGAGGAAUUGAACUAUUGGCCUGAACUCGAUGAAGACCCUGAAAUUAGUGAAACAGAAUCGUACCUGGAGCCUCCAGAUGUGCAGCGGCAGUUGAACCACUACAGCUUGAGGGCGCAGGCGGAUGCUCCGUCUAAAACAAACGUGCAAGAAACCCAGUUACCUGAGAGUAAUCUGCUUCACUGUGACUUCUGCAACUUCAACACUGGACACCUGUCUAGUAUGCGACGGCACUACCUAAACCGCCAUGGAAAGAAGAUCCUCAGGUGUAAGGUGUGCGACUUUGUCACUGGUUUAAGGAAAACCCUGGAGAUGCACAUGGAGACGUGUCACUCUACAUGCCAGUCAGAACCUACUCAUCAGAAAGACCUCCGCUGCCCUUUCUGCCUCUACCAGACCAAGAACAAGAACAACAUGAUCGAUCACAUCGUCUUGCAUCGUGAGGAGCGUGUUGUGCCAAUAGAGGUGCGUCGCUCGAAGUUGUCGCGUUACCUUCAAGGCAUCGUCUUCCGCUGUCACAAGUGCACUUUCACGAGCGGAAGUGCCGACAACCUGCGUUUACACAUGAAGAGGCACGACGACGUCAAACCCUACAAGUGCCGGCUGUGCUACUUCGACUGCACUCGGCUGAGCGACUUGGAGGCACACCUGAGUGAUAAGCAUCAGGUUGUGAGGAAUCAUGAGCUUGUGGGUCAGAUCAGCCUUGAUGAGCUACAGGCCAGAGUUGUUGGGAUGCCAGAAGAGGAAGAGGAGGAACCUUCGUCUAACCUGGAGCACCACAACGAUGACAGCGAGGAUGUAGAAACGGAGGAGUUUGUUACGGACUGUGAUGAUGUUCCACAUGAGACACAAGCUAAGGACCAGGAAGAAAAUAGCACAAGGGAGGAAAUUACACUACAGACCAAGGAAGCGUAUCAGAAGCAAGGGCUGGAUGGCAAGAAUGAAGAAGGCCCUUCCGAGAGCUCUCAAGAACAAGCAGUUGUGUUGUUGCCAGCCCAACUCAAACUCAGAGACGGUGAGGACAGCAGCACAGUGUUCACACAACAUAAAGAGGAGGCAACACUACGUCAUAGCCUACUGCCGGAUGAGGAUGGCAGCAUCCGCAAGACAGAGGAGAAGGCAGAUCAGGACAGAACGGUUAAGACAGAGAUUGUAGAUAAUGUUCAAAGUGAGACGACAUUGCUGGAUGAAAAGGGCAGCAUCCCUCUGGCCCACAACUCAAACAAUCAAGUUAAUACGGAGGCAAAUAACAGCAGAGCUCCAGAGAGUUUUACAGUUGAAAGGCAUUUGCUAACCCUUUCGCCCAAGUGUGCACCACUUAGGAUGAGCCAUAAUGAGAGCUCAGGUGUCUCAAUUACAAACUGCAAACAGGAAAAAGAGCCCAGUCUGAAAAGCAGUGAGGAGGUAAGGGAGCCUUACGGAGAAAUGCCAGUACUUGAGAAUGAAUAUCUCAAAGAAGAAAUGCAGCCUCUUAGUUGCUGCAAGGAGGAAGAUCAGAGUGAUCAGGACAAAGAAGAUGAGACGAUCACCGAAGACGAGGAGAACAGAACAAAUCAGAAACAUGAGGAAGGUGACGGGAUAAAGGAAGCUGGCGAUCCGCGUGUGACCAAAGGUGCACUCUCAGUCACGGAUGGAGCUGCUGAAGUCCCACGGCCAGCAGCUACACAAGACAAACCGUUUACCUGUGAGUUAUGUGGACGAAACCUCAUGAACAGCUCUGAACUGGAGCGUCACAUCAUGCGACAUAGAAUAUAACGCUUUUCUUUAUGUUUGGGAUGGUAGAGAGGGCUUCCACUGUUGAUUUGUUUUGUGGCAAGCCAGAUUUUGUUUUCUUGAACCGUCCUCUACUGUCUUACUACUACUACGUUCUGUGUAAAUCUGUAAAACCUGGUUACGAAUACAUUUUUCAUGUUUUGUAGCUUUUAAACCUUUUUCUAACGAGAUGUUUUUUAUGGUACAGUUGUUAUGUGUAGGAUUUAAUUUCAGUUAAUAAAUGUCAGAACCAAGAUGAUUGUAUUAAGUGUGACUCGUUGUCAUUAAUAUCUUAAGUUUUCCUUAAAGACAAUAAUGGAUAUCCCUGAAUAACCAUCAAACUACUGCAAAGACGCUUUUUUUUAUUCCUGUCAUUUAUGUGAAGAGAGAUAUUAAUCAUUGAUACUGUAAAACAUGCAAACUUCUUUACACUGUAAACUAUUGUUACAUAUAAACUGGUACAUCAGAGCAUCCAUGUUCAGUACCGAGAACUAGACCAACCUCCAAACCACUGAGUGUGGAAAUGCUUGUGCUGCCUUCAGGUGCUGUUGGGUAUUUUGAUUAAAAGUUGUUUUGUACCCUGGCAGUGAGCAAGUAAACCAUUUCAAACGUACAAAAAUAACAGUAUUAUGUUUGAAAAAUUCCAUGUAAUUAAUAAACCUCUGUCUUUUUAACCCCCUGUGUCGUAGGAUAUCAUUUACUUUUGUUGUAAAUAAACCUGAAACUGGUGUAUCU